UCUUUUCUCUGGGAAGCCAGGGCCCAAGGGCUCCCUUCCCAGGAAGAGAGUUCCCUCUCAGUGUGAGGGAGAGCAAAGGCUAGGAGAGGAGGAGGAGGAAGAGAAGGAGGAGGAAAAGGAGGAGGAGGAGGAGGGGAGGAGCCAGUUGGAGGAGGGGCAGAAUCUGGAAGCCAAGUCUGAAGGAAGGACCAACCAAUGAGGAGCAAGUGGACUGCACCCUGACCUGCUGGGCCAGGACAACACAGCAUGCACAGAGUACUGACUCCAUAUGUGUAUGUCUCACUUGGAUCCAGUUAUAUUUCAGCAUAAAUGGUGCACAGGAAGAUGAUCCAGGGCUCCAGCCCAUCCGCAAUCCUUACUGUUUAAGGGUCACUGCCCUCCAGAGCUGGUAUCUGCACUCUCCCUCUCGGUGGCCUGGAACACUGUGAGGAUGCUGUCCUGGCUUCUUGUCUUCUCUGCUGUGAGUCUUCAGGCCUGGGGGAAUGUCCCACAGUUGUUCUGGAAUGAAACUGAAGCCAAAAGCAUCUCGGAGAAACUUCUGGACCUGUUUAUUAGCACUUCCCAGCUCACCCAAAAGGAUCAUAAUGAUAUUCCCACUGUGGUCUCCCGCAAUGAGUGGGGGGCGAGGCCACUCACUUGCGGGGCUCUACUGAGCCCACCUGUCCCCUACCUCAUCACGGAGCAGCUGACAGGGAUGGAGUGCCAGGAGCAGGGCAUCUGUAGCCAGCUGCUGCGGGACUUACAGUCCCAUUCUGUCCACACCAAAGGCUGGUGCGACUUGGCCUACAACUUCCUGGUUGGGGACGAUGGCAGGGUGUAUGAAGGUGUUGGCUGGGAUGUCCAAGGCCUGCACACUCCAGGCUACAACAGCAUCUCCCUGGGAAUUGCCUUCUUUGGCAGUAAGAUAGGCAGCAGUCCCAGUACAGCUGCCACAUCAGCUGCAGAGGGCCUGAUCUUCUACGCCAUUCAGAGUGGUCGCCUGUCACCCAGGUAUAUUCGGCCACAUCUCUUGAAAGAAGAAAUCUGCUUGGACUCUCAACACCCAGUGAUACCCAGUAAAGCUUGUCCCAACAUCAUUCCACGAUCCGCCUGGGAAGCCAGAGAGACCCACUGCCCUCAAAUGAACCUCCCAGCCAAAUACGCCAUCAUUAUUCACACUGCUGGGAUAGGCUGUAAUGUAUCCAUGGACUGCCUGCUUCGUGUCAGAAAUACACAGUCCUUUCACAUGGACAAAAGAGAUUUUUGUGACAUCGGAUAUCACUUCCUGGUGGGCCAAGAUGGUGGAGUAUAUGAAGGCCUUGGCUGGUCUACCCAAGGGUCUCACACCUACGGCUACAACGAUAUUGCUCUGGGAAUUGCCUUCAUAGGCAACUUUGUAGAAAAGCCUCCAAAUGCAGCUGCACUGAAGGCAGCCCAGGACUUGAUCCAGUGUGCUGUGCUCAAGGGGUACCUGGCCCCCGACUACCUGCUGCUGGGCCAUAGUGAUGUGGCUGACACUCUGUCCCCUGGACGGGCUUUGUACAGCAUCAUCAAGACGUGGCCUCACUUCAAGCACUGAGGGCAGCCUCCCUCUCCUCCCUCUGCAACUUCUCUUCUUCCUACUGGAAGAAGUCCUAGCCUCUCACUUUACCUCAACACUUUCGUCCCCCUCCUCUGCCAACCCCACCUGGUUCCCUUUUUCCAGGCUAGGAUGAGAAUGUUCCUUUCUGUUAAUAUCCUCCAGCAUCCCAAAGUCCCCAAAGCUGGACAUCCACAGCCUCUUUUCUCUUCACUUUUCAGUUCCCUGAGCACCUAGCUGCUCAUCACGUGAGAUGACAGGCUGGUUCUUGUCAUGCUUAGCUUUCCCUAUAGUCUGAUUUUAACCUCAUGUCCCUUCCACUGUGAUUGGCUGCCAAUCCCCAGCCCUGGCCCCUCACCCAGACCGUGUUGCCCACCCCUGUUCUCUGCUCACACAAUGACUUGUACAGAUUUGCAUGCUGCUCUUAUUUAAAGCCUGUAAUUGUCUAUUCGCUCUCCCGGAUUGUAAGAUUCUCCAAGCAGUAGCUGAUUUUUAUUUAUCUCCAUGUCCUCAGUUCCUGAGCAGUGGAAUUUAAUAAGUUUUCUGAGAUGUUUGUUGAAAAAAUGGAUGAAUAAAUGAAUGA